AUGGCGGUUGCUCACCAUAAUCCAAUUAUCCCAGGGUUUUCUCCCGACCCGUCUAUCUGCCUGGUCGAUGGCAUAUUCUAUUUGGUGAACUCGAGCUUCCAUCUCUAUCCCGGGCUGCCCAUUUAUAUGUCAAAUGACCUGGUCUCAUGGAAACAUAUCGGAAAUGCCAUAAACAGACCAUCUCAGCUGUCAUUAUCCCGCGCGACCACAUUUGUUGGCCCGUUGGACGAUGGCACAGAACUGGUUGCAACUGGUGGCCUGUACGCCCCAACAAUUCGGCAUCACAAUGGCAUCACCUACAUCAUCUGUACAAAUGUCAUCCACGGUACUUCCAAUGUACUGGGCGAUGAGCAUAGUGAACAGUUCAUCAUUCACACAACUGAUAUUCGCUCGGGAAAUUGGUCAGACCCAAUAGUCUUUGAAUUUCCCGGGAUUGACCCAUCUCUGCUAUUUGACGACGACGGCCGGGUGUACGUCCAACUGUGCAAAACGGGGCCUGAGUUCGAGAUCUACAACAGCGAAAUCGACAUUACAACCGGGAAGAGGAUUGUGGAACCCACUCUCAUCUGGACGGGAUGGAAGAAAGGAUAUACAGAGGGCCCACAUAUAUAUAAAAAGGAUGGCUGGUACUACCUUUUAUGUGCCGAAGGGGGCACAUUUCAAUACCACAUGCUGAGCAUGGCGCGAUCAAGAAACAUAUGGGGUCCCUAUAGGUCCUACGAGAUGAACCCGUUGUAUACGGCGAGCGGCACCGCUCAAUAUGUUCAAAACACUGGACACGGUGAUCUUUUCCAAGAUCAAAACGGGCAAUGGUGGGUGGUCAUGCUUGGGGUUCGCAUGAAGGAGGGACGAUCUAUCAUGGGACGGGAGACAUUCCUAACAUCGGUUGAUUGGCCUUGCGACGGGUGGCCGACAAUUCAACCGAUCACAUGCGAUGGGGAUCCCGGGGGAAAUUUCAAGGCUGAAGGUCCAGACUCCCUUGCGGCCCCCUGGGUCUAUUUGAGAGACGCCAAACUGGAUCGAUACCAUAUGCAAGACAACCGCAUUACGUUACAAGCGGACUCGGUAGAGAUUACCAGCGCGGACGAGUCAAUUACUUUUGUCGGCCAGCGACAACGAAGACUUGAAGGCACUACGACGGUCACUGUCUACAUGCCACAACAUUCCACGUCAGUUCGAGCAGGGUUGGCUCUCUACAAAGACGAGCACCGAUUCUUGACAAUUGGAUACGACUUUCACUUGCAGCAAGUCGUCUUCAACGGACUAAAUCAAGCCCAGUCAUUCUCACAGAGUGAGACCCAAAAUGUGGAACUCCAAGAUUUCAUAUCUUUCAAAAUCGGCUACACGGAGACUUCUUUGCAAUUCGGGUUCCGGGUAGAUGAGGCAGGCUGGCAUGACUUGGCGACACUUGACACCGCAAUCCUGACCGAUCUCGACUUCACUGGUCCGGUCAUUGGGAUUUUUGCCAUUGGGGAUGAUGUCGCGGUGGAAUUUGCAGACUUUGAAGUUGAUGCUGUAUAG